CCCAACUAAUUGGAAAUUUCGUCCCGAAAUUUGGUAUGCACUCACUGAGGAAGCUAGGUAAGUUCAAUCGUUCACUGGUUUUUCCUGGGGUGUCACAAUUGUGGUCAGGUAAUGAUUCUUCAUAUUAUUAAAAUUGUCUCAUUAUAUCAUAUUAUUUCAUAAUAGAUUAUAUAUAGAUUUUAGGGUUUUAAUUAGGGAUAUUGAUUAAUGAGGCUUUUUACAUACCACAAUUGCAUGAUCAUUCAAUGGGGCAAUUUACGGUAGGCUUUAAUUGCAUUGAUUAUUCACCAAUUUCUUCCUAGGAAGGUAAAUGGUCUUAAUUUCAAUUAUAUGACCUCCACCCUCCCUAUUGUUGUGGGCCCAUAUUCAGAGUUGUUACUUUACUAUCAUGUCUAGCUCUCUUAGUGUGAAUACAUCAGGAAUUGGUGUUGGCGACCAAUUGGUCCUUGCUGACCUCCGUGAAGGGAGUACCGGCCCCAUCACGGUUAUGGUUUGCAGAAAGUGGGACGUCACAAGUGUCAAUGGACGCUUCAUGAGCACCGACUAUGUCAUCAGUGAUAUAAAGGGAGGUGUGAUGCAUUGUACCGCCCGGAAUAACAUUGCACAUUACCUCUUUGACAAGCUCAAAGAGGGUGGGAUAUAUUUACUCAAGGGUUUUAUAGUCCAACGCACCGAUCAAUACCGGAUUCUGAAAGACAGCCCCUUUGUUAUCGGGUUAAAUGGCUCCACGGUAGUUAAAGGUUGACGAUGCCAGUGGUUCAUUUACGCGCUACCCGUUCUUACUUACGGCGUUUGAGGACCUCCAACCAACAGAGGGCAAGUAUUUUGUAGAUGUUAUCGGAUAUGUUACUAAGGUGGGGCCGCAGUCUGUGAAAGCAUCGGGUGCUCGCGCGGUUGAGUUCAAUCUAACCAACGAACGCAAUCGCCGAGUUAGAGUGACGCUGUGGGGUGAUCUGGGUGAUGUUAUGAUUAAGAAGAAGGACGAAAACCCGGCUGUCUAUUCUCUAAUCCUGACUUCCAUGAGUGCAAAGUUUUACCUGGGUGUCCUUGGUUUGUCCAGUUCAUCGUCAACUAUGCUCAUUGAUUCCUCCGAGGUUCCCGCACUGCAAACUUUUAAGUCGUCUGUCAGCUGUGUUGCUAUUGGAGAUACUAGCGAUCCAGUCACCGAGGAAGUGGUAUGUGUUGGUACCCUACAAGAGCUUGUGGACAGAGUUCGUGCUGACAAAUCCAAAAAGAAGGCCAUCCUUUUCCGGAACGUUGUAGAGAUUACGUCUAUUAGAACCAAGAACAGCUGGUAUCUUUUCGCGUGUUCCGGGAGCCAGUGUCGUAAGGGACUAACAAGAGAGGGUGGUUACUUCAUUUGCAAGGCGUGCAAAUCCAAGGUUGACUAUCCAAGGACGAGGUUUCGGAUUCAGGCGGAUGUAACUGAUGGAACGAUGAGCACCAUUGUCACCCUCUUUGAUGAAGUUGCUGAGCAGUUGGUUAAGAGGACCGCAAAAUCCUUGGUAGAGGAACAGCUGAAGGAUACUUCUAUUGAUGCUCCCAUACUACCCUCCGCCCUCGAAUCCCUUAUUGGAACAAAACACACUUUUGAGAUUAAGAGCCACACAUACUACCGUUAUGGAGAAUAUGAGAGCUUCAAUUGCGCGAAGAUUGUUGGCCCUGGUAUGGAUGAUACAGAUGGGAGCGUUAAGGUUCUCACGUCGGAUUUGGGUACCAUACCAUCUGACUCCCUAAAGCGUGGUUCGAACCUCCCGCCCCCGACACCCGGAACUGGACGCAAACUUAGAAAGCUCUACGUUGAAGAAUCGGAUGACGAUGAUGAGGGGGUGUCCGUUGACCGUGUGCAUGUUACCGAUGUGGUAGACGAUAGUGGGGAUGCUAAGAAGGGCUCCCGCUGAUAUGGCGGUGGUCAUUUCUCAUUUUCUUCAAGUGUUUGCGCUCUUGUGACUUUCUCUUUUAUGGAUUCAAAUAAUGUGGCGACACCUAUGACUUGUGCCCACACCAAAACUGUGAUGUUUUUCUAUUGCGCAAUAUAUGUAA